CCAGUAGGCAAACAGGACCUAUUGUUGUUCCUCAAAUUAUCUGCUACAUUUUCUUCUCAGGCAAAAACCACCAUAAACCCCUGCAAACUCUCCCUCUCUCUCACACACACAGGGGCCACAGCAUCAGACAAGAAGUAUAAUGCAAGCUUCCAUAUUCUCGUUCCACGCUUCGCUCCCAGCACUGCCCAUUUGCACCUCUUCCUUUUCCUUGAAAACCCAUCAACCAAAUACUCUAUUCUUGACCUCCACCAUUAGCGAGAGAGCACUCCCUCACUUAUCAAUUCACGCACCAUCAAGAAAACUGCUCUGCAAACCCCCUUCUGGGAAAUAUGUCAGAGAAGACUAUCUUGUGGAAAAGUUGUCUGCACAAGAAGUACAAGACCUGGUGAAGGGAGAGAGAAAUGUACCAUUGAUAAUUGAUUUCUACGCGACAUGGUGUGGUCCUUGUAUUUUGAUGGCUCAAGAACUUGAAAUGAAAUUUUUUUUAAUAAUAUUUUAUUCAAAAAAUCUGAUUAUUGAGGUUGACACUGAUGAUGAAUACGAAUUUGCACGUGACAUGCAGGUUCGAGGACUUCCAACAUUGUACUUUAUUAGUCCGGAUCCAAAUAAAGAUGCGAUUAGAACAGAAGGGCUCAUCCCAAUACAGAUGAUGCGAGACAUAAUCGACAAUGAAAUGUGACAGGAUGUAACCAUAGCUGCAUUAUUUAGCAUCCUUGCUCUAGCUAGCUGUAUUCUGUAAGGAACUGCAGAGACAGUUCCAAGUUGAAGAUAAUUUAUUUGGUAUCAUGUAAAAGAACAUUGUUUAGUUUGCUUCCGAGUUAGAUGCAGCUCUUUUGCUUUAUAUUUAUUCAUUUUCUUGUA